AUGAGCAAUAAAAAAACUGCCAUCACCAAGACUAAUGACAUUACCACCAAUGACACCAUCACUAAUGAUAAUAAUGCCAUCACGAGUAAUAACAUUACUACUUCUAUGACUAAUAACAAUAACCCCUCUGAGACCUAUUAUGUCUCCUCAACACCACCCAAUCCAAAACCUAGCCAAAGGACAUCUAAUUCCAAUCAUCAACAUAGAAAUAAUUUGACCUAUGACCCCAAAGAAGAUGAUGACUAUAACGUUAAUGAAGGCAGACCUUUGGAUAAUUUUUCUGAAGAAUAUUCAGAAUGGUGUAAGGAAAAUGAUUCCAAUGAGUAUAAGAAUCCUGGACAAUGA